AUGAAGCAAGGCCAAGGCUUCCUGCUUGUAUUCUCUAUCACGAGCAUGUCCUCUCUGAAUGAACUAUCUGAAUUACGGGAGCAGAUCAUUCGCAUUAAGGAUGAUGAAAACGUCCCCAUUGUCAUUGUGGGAAAUAAAUCGGACCUAGAGGAAGACCGCGCGGUACCACGCGCACGCGCAUUCUCUCUUUCCCAAAGCUGGGGCAAUGCUCCAUAUUACGAGACAUCGGCUCGUCGACGCGCCAACGUUAACGAGGUCUUCAUUGACCUCUGCCGGCAGAUUAUCCGAAAGGACGCCAAAGGAAGCUCAGGCGACUACGACCUCGCGCCUCGCAAGCGUGAGGGUCAGGGUCGACAGGACAGAAGACGAGGAAAGCGACGAGAGCCCAAACGGAAGGGGCCUUGCGUGAUUCUAUAG